AUGGGGCAGCAGUCGAACAGCGGCAAGGCGCGCACGAAGCGCGAUGGGAUCCCGAACAACCCGAAGAUGCGGAAACAGAUGAAGAAGAUCGCGAGCGAUAAGAAGGAGGGGAUGACGUACGCGAAGAGGAGGGCGAUGCGCGAGGCGGCGGGGCUCGUGAAGAAGAACGAGUCCGACGACACGAAUUUCGGCGCCGCGGGGAUGAAACUCAAGGCGGACAAGAAAGGCCCGCUGGAGAUUCGAUACCGCGCGCUCGCGAAGAAGAUUCGGCAGUGCGAGGAUUUGGAGAAGAAGAAGAAGGAGGGCGCGACGUUAGAUCAGUGGCAGCUCGCGAAGCUGCGGAAGAAGCCGUUCUUGAAGGCGGAGCUGAAAAAUCUCAUGAAGGCCGCGGGGGGCGGCGGGGAGGACGAGGAGGAGGAGGAGGAAGAGGAGAGCGACGAGGAGGAGGAGGAGAGCGACGAGGAGAUGGAGAGCGAUGAGGACGAGUGA